GCCCAUCGCCCGUCGCCCGUCGCCCGUCGCCCGUCGCGCCCACCUCCUUAGCCUCCGCCGCCGCCUCUGCUUCUGAUGCACCGCUCGUAGACGCCUGCACCUCCUUGGCCAACCGCGGUCCGCCCCCAGCUCUCGCUCUCGCUCGCCGACCAUGUCACGCUCGUUCCGCCGCUCGAAUCCCAUCACCCUUGUGCUCGCCGCCAUCCUCUGCAUCGGCUUCUUCGUCUUCUUCUUCUCCGGCAGCGAUGGGCCGGCCUUCACCAGGAAGACGGGCUCCGCCGAGACCGCCUCGAGUCCGCUGUCGCCGCCCUCGCUGCCCUUCCGCAAGUCCAAGGCCAACGCGCCCCAGCAGGCCCCGCCCGUCGUGCACUACUACAUGAACAACAUCACCACCUCGCGCACCCCCAUCGAGAACGAGGAGACGGUGCUGAUCCUCACGCCCCUGGCCCGCUUCUACGACGGCUACUGGGACAACCUGCUGAAGCUCAACUACCCCCACAGCCUCAUCUCGCUCGGCUUCAUCAUCCCCAAGACCAAGGAGGGCAACGCCGCCUACGCCGCCCUGCAGGCCCAGGUCGCCAAGACCCAGUCUGGCCCCAAGAGCAAGCGCUUCGCCGCCAUCACCAUCCUGCGCCAGGACACCGAAGUCCCGCUGCAGUCGCAGGACGAGGCCGAGCGCCACAAGAUGCACAACCAAAAGGCCCGCCGUGCAGCCAUGGCCAAGGCCCGCAACUCGCUGCUGUUCACCACCAUGGGCCCCACCACCUCGUGGGUGCUCUGGAUGGACGCGGACAUCAUCGAGACCCCGCCGACGCUGAUCCAGGACCUUGCCGCCUACGACGUGCCCAUCAUCGCCCCCAACUGCUUCCAACGCUACUACAACGACGACAAGAAGGCCCUGGACCAGCGCCCCUACGACUUCAACAACUGGAUCGACAGCAACGCCGCCAAGGAGCUGGGUGCUAAAAUGGGCAAGGACGACAUCCUGCUCGAGGGCUACGCCGAGAUGGCCACAUACCGCAGCCUGAUGGCCUACAUGUACGACGCCGCGGCAGACGCGGGCGCAAAGGUCAAGCUCGACGGAGUUGGCGGCGCGACACUGCUGGUCAAGGCCGAGGUGCACCGCGAUGGCGCCAUGUUCCCUCCCUUUGCCUUCUACCACCUGAUCGAGACCGAGGGCUUCGCCAAGAUGGCCGCGCGGCUGAACUGGGAGAGCUACGGCCUGCCAAACUACCUUGUAUACCACUUCAACGAGUGAUUGUCUACGGAGAUGUCACGGAAAGAAUCUCUUUCGGCGGGCAUUGGGCGGCGUUUAUAUUGGGCCAUAUCCAGCUUGUUAUGCGACGGCGAGCGUCGGUGUCAGAUAUGUUGCGGAGUUUGAGACUUGCUGGCAAGAAUUAAGCAGCGAUAGACGUUGAAUUAGAAACAUGCAUUGUCA